ACUGAAGCUGAUAAACAUGGCGGACGAUGGAGCGAGGAAGGCCAAAAUGCGAAAAAUCGUGGAUCAGCCAUGAAACAAAGCAUAUUUAUGCGACGAUGGAUUAUCCUAGUUUUGCUUUUAAUGAUUUCUAUUACCUUUCUGUUUCUACAGCUUUUAUCUUUGAAAGUAAUUGAUAACACGGUGAGUGAAAUAGCUCUUUUUAGUCUUGGCGCGCCUUACGUACUACUUCAGCGGUAUUAACGUUCAGUUACUGAUACUCAGAAUUUAUUGAUCUGCAAUAUGAAUACCUCCAAACAGGUGAUAUCUAGGUUCAGAGUUUUAGAAAGUCUGCGAGGCUUACUUCCAUUCCAACACCAAAGGAAUCUUGUGCUGGUAUGUUUUGAACACAGGGAGCCCACACAAUCUGUGUGUGUAGGCGAUAGUUAUGUUAUUGUAAAUGUACUGGAUUUACCGCUUGCUUCAUCUAUAGUGAUAUAUCGCUAAGUAUGUAUAUAACUCAAUGUUAAAUAAACGUUGAAUUACCUUAGCUGCGAUAUGUUCAGGGUUCUCAAUAGAUUUUUAAAUAGGAGGUGAUCACUGAUAAAGUAGGAGGCUCUUCAGCAAAGCCAGAGGUGUCAAAACAAAGGAAAGAAAAGCGACUUAAACACAAAGUAAGCGGCUAUAAAUCCCAAAGUAAGCGGUGAUCAAUCGCCGGUUGCCACAUUCUAUUGAGAACCCUGUAGGUUGUUGUCCUUUUGCCUCAAAAGCGGGUGUUUGAGCGAUUGCGAAGGAUGUUGAGUUAAGAAGGACAAGGAAGGAGAGCUUGUUUUGAAAGGUCGCCAGCGCCAGAGUGAUUUUUCCCCGGAAAAUCGCAUCACUCUGUUUUCAAACUUCACAGCAAAAAGGUCAAAAGGUUCACGCUUCUCCUCAUACCUUCCGAUCGAAAAUCCAUCCAACAGUCCCGGAGCUUGCCCUCAAAGAAAAUUAAAAUGCCACAGGUUUUGGAUGGUCAAAAUGCAUAGCAAGAUUCGUACGUGCCUGUGAGAAAUCGUCCCACUGAUUGCCUCUUUUUGAUUAGUUGUCGUUAAACAAGAAUCUUUUCCCAAGUCUGCUUUAAAUUAGUUACUGUUUAACCAUUUUAUUUAUAUAGAUACUUAGCGAUAUAUCGCUAUAGGUGAAGCAAACGGUAAAUCUGGUACAUUUACUAUAAAAUAACAAUCCGCUACACAUGGAUAUGUGUGGGCGCCCUGUGGUUUUGAAUUGAUUCAGACUGUAAUUCUGUAGAAUUUUAAUAAGUAAAUUAAUUUGUAAUAGCUUAAGCAGAGUUUGAAGCUGUAUUUUGCAUUGCUACUUUUGACUAUUAAUGCAUCAAGAUUCCCUUUCCUGUAUACAGAAAAUAACUGUAGAAAAUAGAUUAAAAGCAGUACCUGGAAAAUCACAAGUCAAGACAAACAAAUGACCUAUCUGUUAACCAAGGGAUGAUACAGUUUGUAUAUGGGAGUACCUCCUUUCCUUCCCUCCUCGCCACCCUUUAAAUCGGGUUAGGUAUGACAUCCCUCAUAAUUCUCUAAACUUGCGAUGGGUAAAAUAUUUUUUAGGCACUCACCCCAUUUAUUGUGUAAGGUUUCCAAAAAUUCCUUAUUGAGCCUUCAUACAUAAAAUCUUAUUCUAUAAUGCAUCACAAAUCAUGUGUAAUAAGUUGUUGUUGUUUUUUUUUCUUUCUUUUCGUUUUUUUCCUCAUUUGCCAUAGUUAUUCUUGUUUUACAGAAACAUUUGAAGACUUUUACAGAAGUGACCAAGCAGCAUGGGAUUCCAACAUUUCUGUUUCAUCCUUUACCUGUAUCUUUUCCAGGGAAGAACUCAAGUAAAUUUCAAAAUCUAGAAAAUGACCAAUGUGAACUGCUUUGUGACUGUCAGUACUUUGUUUUUGGUGUAAUACGUUCAGCCUGGCAGAAAGGAGAAAAAUUUCCAAUAUCUUCAUUAAUAGUAAGUAUAGUUGUUGAUGAUGAUAAUGAUGAUAGUCAUGAUAAAAAACAUAAAUUAGAUGGAAUUGAUAGCUUCUUUUGUCUGACAAGGUUGUUUGUAGGUUGCAACUUCACGUAUGACUGUCUUGAUACUAUUUUAAAACGCGGUGGCAGCUCUAGCUAAGGGAGGGGCUAGUGAUCACAGGUCCCCUAUCAUAAUUAACUGGACCAAAAGCCAAGUUCCACAGAACCAAGACACUGACACAGCAAUUAUUUACAGGACCUUCCCACCCACCAACCUUUCCUCACCCAGCCAUCCCCUUUGUUUCGAUCAACAUCUGGGCCCACCAAUGCAGUGCACAAUAUUUCAAGAUUAUUCUGAGAUUUAUUUAAUUGAGUAUUAGCACUUCUUGGUGAAAUUCAUUUCUGUCACCAACACCCUCUUUUCCUGCUUUAAUUUCCUCUUUGCUGUCCCAUUCCAUUCAAGCAUGUGCAGUCAUGCAUGUAUAUUGUCAUCACCUCCAACAAAUAAGUAACCAUGCAAACCUAGGCAACACUUUUCUUGCCCUUUUCACAAAUGCCUUCCCCUUUUUCAUAUUCCACUGGACAAAAUAACUUGACACUAUUAAAAUCUUCCAGAAAGUACCAAUAAUCUGACAGUAGCAAGAAUACCAUAAUGAUUGUUUUUUUGUUUGUUUUUGUUUUGUUUUGUUUUUUUUUUAUCAUUUUAGCCCCAGUUAAUUUCUCACCUUAGCAAACAAGGUUUCACAACUGUCUGCCACAAUGUUGAAGAGCCAUGGUUUGACUCAAGUAAAGACUUCAUGAAUAUAAAUAUCGUCAUUUCAUCAUGCACGAUAUCACAAGGUGGCAUUACUGUGGAGCUGCUGGUAUUUUAUGACAGGGAUUCAUAUCUGUGGCAUGGAACACUUCAGGGUUAUAAUGCACUGACGAUUGCUGAUAAAGAUUCUGGAGCAUUCAACAGGUCAGCUUAUUGAUAUAAUAAGAAUCUGCAUACUGCUGAAACAAGUUUGUUAGGUGGCGCAGUGGGGAGUGCACUUGCCUCCCAGCAAUUUGGCCUGGGUUCGAAUCAUGGCAUCAAUGCCAUAUAUGGGUUGAGUUUGUUGUAGGUUCCCUUCCUUGCCCUGGGAGGUUUUUCCCCGAGUUGACUCCAGUUUUCCCCUUUCCUUAAAAACCAACACUUCCAAUUCGAUCUGGAACGCACAGACACGUUUCAGCAGGUUCUUAAGAACUCCUAAGUGCUCUGUGGGUAAACAAAUUACAAUUUACAAUUUUUUUAGGGGCUGUUUCAUGACUGGCUAGUUUGCUUUUUGUUUUUUGUUUUUUUGUCAACAUUGCUGCACAUAUGCACCAUGAAACUUGAGAAAUUACUUGUGAAUGACAAAAUUUACAGGUUUGUGUCAAAUAAAUAUUUCUCCCAAGCGUGUGUCCCUUUCAAAAUCCUUUUUUUAUAACAAUAACAGCAGCAAUAAUCACAUAAAAAAUGUCAAAAACAAAGAUUAUUGAAUGCCGCAGUGGUUUUGUGGACGGUACGUGCUCAUCAAGAAAAUCUCUGUUCCUCAAUGUGCGCUUAUUCAAGGGCAGUGCUCUCUUAAGUGAGUACCUUAAUGCCAAAAAAAUUCCGCAACUGUAUUUGGCAAGUUAGCCUGUAAACAGGGGACGUAUUUCCAGUCGCCAAGACUGAAAAAAUGUUUGCCGUAGCUUUGGGGGCUAUUGCAAAGUUGCGAAAAGGUCAUGAUUUAAUUCUCCUAUUUGAUAUUCGUCAAGUGUACAUGUAGCUUCAUAAUGUGACACUACCCCAUCAACAUUUACUACCAAAUGAUGAUGAUAAUCUUUAUGGCCUUAUUCCCACUAUGCUUCAUUUCUUCAUCAAAGUUUCAUCGUUGGCUGUUCACGUUUUUCUUUUGCAGGUUCUCAAUAAAGGAAGCGAUUGUCGAUGGAAUUCGCCUGAAUCUCCCUUCGGAUCCCGACAAACUAGCUUCACAGCAAAAGCAGUCACGUUUCAAAGGAUGUAACCUCACAAAUGCUCGACAUUAUUACAGUAAAUAUGGCAGAGACGUGUCGCCAGACGCAGUGCUAUUUAAAAGUAAAGCUUUAGAAGUGCUAUCUAUAGCCAUUAAGUCACUGAAUCGACUUGGUGUAAGAUAUUGGCUUAGUAGCGGAACUUGUUUAGGUAAGAAACGUUUGGAUUGAAGGCGAUUUCUUGUUAUUGUUGUUAGUUCGUUUUUCUUAGCGGUAAGUAGUUCUUUUAUUUCAGUUUGGAAAUAUUACCUGUUAUGUUUUGAUUGAAAUCAUCUAGGUCACCAUCCCCCCACCCCCGCCCACAUUAAAAUCAUUCCAGACGUCGCGUUUGUUCCAAAUAACCAUCAUAAGGGGAAGACGGCAGACAUAACUUGUCGACCUUUGCUGAUUUGGUUAAAGAUUGAAGAUCGUUGAUUGAAACAACAACAACCAACCAUUUUAUUUACAAACUUAAAAAUUUUUUACAAGAACUAAAUAAAUUGAAGUACAUCAGGCAAAUAACUACCGUGAAUAGCAAAAACUAAACUAGCUUAGUAGUUAUUGAAACGAAGUCUAAUUACGACAGUCAUUAGACCUGUAGUUCUGUUUCAUACAUACAUGCGUGCAUACAUAUAUUUCAUUUACCCUCGAAUUUAGAAUGGCUACGUAUACAAUAGAAGAUAAAAUGCUCUUUUUAGUCUACGCCAUAUACUUUUUAAAACUGUUCAGUCUUUAGAUAUAAAGGUUGGUCUGAUUGAAAAUGGUUCAAAACGCGGUUUCGCUAAACAUUUCAAUAAACUCUAAUUUCCUUCGCACUUCCUUUCAGGUUGGUUCAGGCAAUGUGAUAUUAUUCCUCACAGUAAAGACGUUGACAUUGGUAUAUGGAUCAAGGACUACAACCCACUGCUUAUUUCCGAGUUUAAAAAGAGUGGGCUGCUUUUAAAACACAAGUUUGGUCGCGUAAGUUGGGAGGUUGUGCCUGACUCUUUCUUUUAAUUUACCACUGUCAAGGGAUAAAAGCUUUGUUUAUUGAAACUAGAAACUGACCAUUUUUUUUUUCAAAGAUUGUAUAGCCUGAAAAACAGCCAAAGGUCACUGGUUUCAUCGCGAAAUGACGUCUGAGAAAUACUGAUGACGUGUCACUACCAAAAUCUCGCUUGAGCUUCUGAUUGGUUGAAACAAAAGCGGCACGAUAGCCGGUCUACUUGGCGGAAUUGUCUUUUUACCAUUGCCUUGCCGCGCGCGAUAAGCGAGCGCCGAAGCGUCCCCUCCCCAUUCUCAGCACGGCUUCGCAGUUCCUCUAACAAAACUUUGUUCGCGCUAAAUAACGAUCCCGUUGAUCCCGUCGGUUACGCAGGCUAGCCGCACGAGCAAUGAGAAAGCUACUGCUUCCUUAACCCUUGGGAAACACUUGUGCGUUGGGCAAAAGUAAAAAGGGAGACUGAAUUUUUUAACUAAACCGAAGGAACAUGUUUUGCCGUUACGUUUUUGUUUUUGUUUUUGUUUUUUUCUGAAUACAAACUGUUUCCUUUUUACCUAGAUUGAAGAUAGCUUUGAGUUGUCGUUUAGAACUGUCGAGGAUUACGUCAAGCUGGACAUUUUCUUCUUCUACGAAGAAAAGGAUUAUAUGUGGAAUGGUGGAACACAAGCAAGAACAGGAAAGAAGUUCAAGUAAGAUUAAAGUAAUAACAUAGUUAGUCAUCAGAGAGAUUUAGAAUUACGUUUACGGCAAACGGCUAACGUUAGAUUCAAGUUGACAGUUUCUCAGAUUAGAAAAUGAACGGGUAUAAUCUGUCCAAAAUAAUUCUUAUCGAUGCGACUAACAUGAAGCUACAUGUACUUAUUUUUGUGUGGUAUAACGAAGACAAAACGACGAGUUUGGGGAAACUUUUUCAACACAUGACGUAAACGUGAUUCUAAAGCUAUGUGCAUACAGUACCGGAUGGCUUUUCGUGACGCCCCUAAAAGCUCUCCGAUAUAGAUCGUUUUCACUGUCUCGCAACGAAAAAGUAAAUUGGAAACCGUCCAGUGGGAGAAACCACGAAAAUGAAAUGUUAUAACAGACUAAUAUAAUUAUAAACAAUUUAUCCAGGUUUCAGGUCUUUGUGGCCUACAGUUUCUGAGUUAUUUGCCGAAACGUUUCACGCUCCUUUGUAGAGCUUUGUAUGGAGACGCCAUAUUGGUGCACAGUUUUGGUCCACCAAUAUGGCCGCCGGAAAUCAACAAAAACAUCUGGAGUUCACUUUUUCUACAAAAGCUCUUUCUUUUCACUCGAGAACUAGCAUACGUGCGCAUAAACAUAUCUUCUAAUGGUUAUACUGCUAAAAAUCAAGAGGAGAGGCCUUUUUUCAACGAGACAGCAUCCAUAUUUUGAUGUCACGCACUGUGAAAACUCGGAAGUUCAAAUCGCUGUAUUUUCGAAAUGAAACAUGCUACGAAAAUAGAAACUGGUACAAAGAUUUACUUUUUGUUUAUCUUCAACCUACUGUAAUUAAAAACUCGUAAAACCUCGCUAUUUUGACUUUACAAUUUCAUGACGUCACUGUGAAAACCAUGUAUAGUAUGAACACCGAUCCGAUAUGUGGCUCUCCACUUUAAAGAUCGCAGCGGCGCAGCUUCUAUCCGCCGUCACAGAAAUCGCGCCAAAAUCACCAUUUUUGUGUAUGUACAGAAGCCCCAUGCGGUAUGGUGGCGCAAAAGCUAUCCAGUAUGCUGUAAACAUGGCCUAAAUCGUUCUAUUGUUUGUCAUUCAGCUGAAGGGUUAACCCAGCUCGACGCGAGUGGUUCGUCCAUGAUCACGUGAUUGAUCUUAGCAACAGCGCCAAAAGUGUAUUAGUGGCGCGCAGCAUUACAAAAACUGCUACGUCAAAUGUUAACGUUAUAAUUUCACCCGCCAGUUCUGUUUGCAUGAACAGAACUUUGAUUUUAUCAACGGUGAUUUGGCCUAUUAACUUUUAGGAGCAAGCCAUUUCUCAGUCACAACUCGUUUUCUAUUUGGCUUUUUGUGUAGAUAUACGCCAAAGCGUAGCGCAACAAUGCUGGAUUCAUAUGCACAGCUCUUCCAGCAUUGUUGGGGCCACGCACGCGCAUUACACAUGGUCUCCUUGGAGUUUACAAAGUCUUAUUUGUUUUAUCCUUUCCACCAUGCACUUCGUGUCCCAACAAUGUUGGAAGUUGUUGCGUCCAUUUUGCACGUAGCUUAAGAUUAAGGCUGUUAACAUUCAUAAACAAGUAUCUUUUUUUGUUUGUUUUUUUGUUUGCUUGUUUACUUGUGUUUUUGUUAUUUUUUCCUUAAGGUACAUUUUUCCAAUAUUCACCCUCUGCUGGACUGAGCUUUUUGGCUUGAAAGCACGUGUACCGUGCGAAACUGAGGCUUAUGUCCUUGCGAACUACGGAAAAGAUUGGCAUAUACCAAUCAAGGAAUGGAACUGGAAAGAAAGCCCGCCUAAUGUGCGAGAAAACGGCCAAUGGGCAGAAAAGGACUGGGGCGAAGUUAUACAGCUUUACUGA